UUCCUAGAUUUAAAUAUUGGCGACACUACCGGAUUGACCUUGCCUAACUUCACGCUUUACUCCACUUUACUCGCAGAAGUAAACAUGGCAAAGUUAUUAGGGUUGGAUAAAGUCGCAACGUUAUUCCGCACGGUACGCGACCACGGUGGUAUUAUCGGCUCCAUCAAAACAUUGUUCAGGGUGGAUGAGCUGAAGAGCGGUACCCUGGUUGGAGAAGACAAAUAUGGAAAUCGAUAUUACGAAAAUAAUAUGUACUUCGUAGGUGAGUUAUUAAGUACACUAGUAUGGCAUUGUAAAAGCAACUCGAUGUCACAUCACCACGAGACCAAAGAUCGAACCUUGGCGGCCACCACAGUAAUAAACUUGGAACAGCAGUGA